GGUAUCAUACGGCUCUUGAAGCACCAGAAGGAAUUGACAGAGCUUGAUGAAAAAGACAGAGAAAGAGCCGCACGAUUUACUUCAGCUAAGCUGACUACGAUCAAAUGUAUGCAACAAGUUCAAAUCCACCUUGUUAACGUAUUGAAGGAAGAACCAUUGCCAGGAAGCUCAGUCGACAGAUCGUGUCAUGUAGAAAAGGAAGAGAAUUCCUGGACACUGUAUAUUCAACACGAAUUUGGAGGCAGAAAGAACCACGCCAUCUUCGCGAAAGCUGUAAAUGAAAUCAUGGACAGAUGUUUAGAACAAACUGCCGAGUUAAGCGAUAUGCUCUCUUGCGACUCGCCUUCCCAGAUACCAGGAGUACUUAACGACCAUGACGUUGCGAUUGAUUAUAACGAAGAAAAUGAACAGUUUGGUCUUCCUGUGCCGGAUGUUUACCACUAUCUCAUUAUUCAAAAACCACUCUGUAAUUACGAGGAAGGAGCUCGGGUUGCCUAUGACGAGGACGAAGGUUGCGCUGGAAAUUGGAAAGAAAGCGAGCUAAAGGAGACAUCGAUUAGAUACAAGUUCGUAAAGAUCAACAGUCGUGCCAAUGCUAUUGACAAAGAUGCCAAUGAAUUCGACUUCAAAGCUCGGUACAAAAUUGAUCUCGGCAGCAAAACUGACUAUAAAAUAGUGAGUGUCCUUGAUCUUUAUAGUUACAAACAGAACGAGAUGGGAAGUCUCGUUCCAGACGAUGAAGAUGACGAAAAAGUAAAAGUGGAUGUUUUGGUAGAAAAAUCUAAAAUCACUCGGGCACUUAAACUUGCCAAGAACAACUUGGACUCAUUAACACAGCGAGAAAAGGUGAUAAGGCGUCUUUUCCUACAUUGGCUUCGUUGUAAGGACUCUGAAACUGCAGAUGAGAUAACCAAAUUCAUAGAAAAUGAAGUCACAAGGCUGAAGAUUCUGUGUCUGGAAGAAACGCGAGCCUUUUCAAGUUACUGGAGAAGUUAUGGCAAACGUGAGAGGACGACAUAUAGAAGCUACAAUCGUUGGACGUCGGUAUGCGACAGUCCUGGCGGUUACCAUGACAGCGGCAGUAAUCGCGGUUACCAUGACAGCGGCAGUCAUGGUGGUCAUUAUGAUCCUUGGGAUUACGUAAGCCCCGAUGCAAAGGAAGCAGAACGAUGGAUCAAGCAAUCGCAAGCAGAUUUGAAUGUCGCCACGUGGUUGCUCGACAAAUCCUUUUCACAAGUAUGUUAUAUGAGCCAGCAAUGUGUGGAGAAAGUUUUGAAAGGUGUUCUGUACGCCAAGUGUGGAAUACCACGAGUGGAAUUACGUACCCACCAUAUAUACCGGCUUGUAAAUGUAUGCCGUGGCCUCGACGAAGCCCCAAGCGAAGCCCUGGAUCGAGCUAGUAGCGUUGGAGGUUACUACCUUCCAACACGUUAUCCUGACAAUCAACCGCAGUAUCGAGUUCCCGCUGAAGAAUACACCGAGGAACAAGCCAAGCAAGCGUUAGAUGUUGCUGUAACAAUUUUUGCAGUUCUUGAAAAAUUUGCCUUCAACUAAGCGAAGAUUGGACAGAUUUAAUCCGCUGUCGUUUAGGAAUAGUUCAUAUUAUUUGUUAGGUUAAAAGACAAUGCAAACACUCUUUGCAAUGCAGUUAAAGGUGGCCUCUAGUGGUCAUGCUAAUAAUGAUCAUAAUAUGACCAUCUUUUCUGUUCUGGUGUUAUGCAAAGUUUUGCAUUUCAAUAUUAUUCUUCCAUCUUUUUUUACUGUAUUGUUAUUAUGAUGAACAUAUACAUCAAUAUUAUAGAGAUGUUACUCGAUAAGCAUUUUGAUUGU